AUGACGAUAAUUAAACAUUAUUUUAAAUCUGAUAAGCAUUAUGAAUAUAUUCUUUUAAAUAUAAAUCUAAUAUAUAGGAUGUGCGCGAAACAAGCCUUUUGGUCCACCUCCAAACUUUAUUAUACUUUGGCAGUUUCAUCUAUUGAUUCUAAUUUUACUUAUUCUCUACCUUGUGACUUAUUUUUAAAAUUUGUUCUAAAUAUUAGAUCAGAUAAUUUACUUAUUGUCAAAUAUCCACACUUUAUAGGCACUUUUUGA